UCUUGGCGAAAGCCGGGGCGCACACGUAGACAAAAACGUCAGACAUAUUGUACCCCGGAAAAAUCCCUUUCAGGACAGGGUAACAUACGUGACGACAUGCACGGACAACUGAUAUGUUCCGCCAUCUUGAUGUUCCUGGUGAUCAGAACAGAACCAAAGCCUCUUGAUCAAGAAAAGUGUCAGUAUGAAGAGACAGGACGGAGGGAUGCUUGUAACGGGACUACGGGGACACAGACCGUAUAUCUGACUCUGUCCGUUGGAGGCGAGGAGUGCCCACCAAACACCGCCAGACAGGAACGCUGUGCCCCUCCCACCCCACCACCACACCCUGAUGAGAUGCAGAUCAAGCACCCCAUGAAGCACGUCAGAAAACGUCCAGGGCGGAACAGGCAAAGGCAUGUGAGAAAGCAGCCCUACCCACAUGAUGUUCUGGACGCUGAGGACAGGAUUGGUGCAGGGUGGAGAAAGGGUGGACACAGAGAGGAUGAAAGUGAUGCAGACCGCCGUCAUUCACAAAGACAAGGGGCGAUGGCACACGGAGAGAAGACAUAUGUCAGAAGGAGAAGAAGAAGUACUGAUUCUGACGGUGAUGAGGAGGCAGGCGAUGAUGACGGUGGUGAAGGAGGCGAUGACUAUGGUGAUGACUACGGAGGCCAUGAUUACGGUGAUGAGGAAGGAGGCGACGAUUAUAGUGAUGGGGAAGGAGGCGACGAUUAUGGUGAUGAGGAAGGGGGCGAUGAUUAUGGUGAUGAGGAAAGAGGCGACGAUUAUGGUGAUGAGUAUGGAGGCGAUGAUUACGGUGAUGAGGAAGGGGGCGAUGAUUAUGGUGAUGAGGAUGGAGGAGAUGAUUACGGCGAUGAGGAAGGAGGCGGUGAUUAUCGUGAAAAGGAAGGAGGCGACGAUUAUCGUGAUGAGGAAGGGGGCGAUGAUUAUGGUGAUGAGGAUGGAGGCGAUGAUUACGGUGGUGAGGAAGCAGGCGAUGAUUAUGGUGGUGAGGAAGGAGGCGAUGAUUACGGUGAUGCGGAAGGAGGCGAUGAUUACGGUGAUGAGGAAGCAGGCGAUGAUUACGGUGAUGAGGAAGCAGGCGGUGAUUAUGACGGUGAGUUAGGAGGCGAUGAUUACGGUGAUGAAUACGCAGGCGAUGACUACGGUGAUGAGGAAGCAGGCGAUGAUUAUGGUGGUGAGGAAGGAGGCGAUGAUUACGGUGAUGAGGACGCAGGCGAUGAUUACGGUGAUGAGGAAGCAGGCGAUGAUUAUGGUGGUGAGGAAGGAGGCGGUGAUUAUGACGGUGAGUUAGGAGGCGAUGAUUACGGUGAUGAGGACGCAGGCGAUGACUACGGUGAUGAGGACGGAGGCGAUGGUUAUGGUGAUGAGGAAGGAGACGAUGUCAACAAGAAUGAUACUGCUGGGGAUGGAGCUGAUGAUGUUUAUACUGGUUAGGUAAAUGUUACAAGGCCGAAAAAAUGGUAAUGAGAUUGUUUUGGGGUAUAAGAGCGAAGAGCUUCAGAGGUAAAUAAUUAUUAUAGUAGAAACAAGGGCGACAAAAACGAGAUACAAACUGAGAGACUCAGUUUAAAUAAUUGAACAAUUGCUGAUUCUAAAACAAACAAAUUCUUCUUUUUUUCUUGCAUAUUAAUAUUGACGUUAUUUUGCCUAUUGUGAUACACAAUUUGACCAUAAUAAAUAUUGCCCA